AUGGGCCAUUUGACUAAAGUCUUUGGCCAAAUCCCUCGUCAUUUCCAAAGUAAAGAAAACAUUAGUGCACCGACUAACCAGCAACAACAACAAUAUGAUGGGAUUAGAACCAGUAUAUCAAUACGAAGUCUACGAGGAACAAAACGAGGGAACAAGCGGUGGUCUCGAGGGAAAGAAGAAAAUGCAAGUAAUCAAAGCAACAUGUCGUCUCAAGAAAGUUCAAGUUCAAGUUCAAGUUCAAGUUCGGAGCUGACGAAUUUGGUGGCUGAGACAGAUUUGUCAACAACAAUAGUCAGCACAAAAGGCUCGAGUGAUCAGCAAAACAUCGACUCAAAUGAAACGCAAUCGCCGUUUGGUGACGUGGGCGAAGAAGAAUAUGUGGUGAUGGAAAAGGGAUUGCAAAGUCAGCAUUCAGACGAGAGUUCAACGUCGGAUCCUGAAAAGGAAGAAAAUGGUGAGAAUCAGAAUAAACAGAAAACAAGCCCAUUACAAACCACUCGGCCUAGAGGAUCAAGUGCAGGAAGUUUUUAUAAUGCAGCAGCAGGAACUGGGCCAUUAGUUUCAAACGCAAGCGUUAUCCCGGCAUCAGAGUCUUCCCCAGUACUCCCCCCAUUACCACGGGCGCCGGAUAUUUCUGUAGAACAAGCAGCUAGUGCCAGUUUGAUGGCAUUACAUGAGUCAUUGCACUUGGCCAAUCUGAGAGACCCGACCUUGCGUGGGAGUAACAAUUUGAGUAAUGGGCGUAUGCAGAAUAGUAGCUAUGGAUCUGGAGGUAGUAGCAGUAGUCGUCGGAUGAGCCGGAUAGAAAGCAUGGCUGGAAAUAUAGGAGCAGAAGAAGGAUUAGUUUCACCAUCAUCAUCAUUGGCAACUCCUAUACAAACAAUUACACCAGAAACUAUUGUGGGGUCGUCCGACCGGUUUCUGAUUGAAGCAACAACUCGCAGUUACCGGUCGUUGUUUCGACAAAAUGGAGAAGCAUCAGAAGGGAAAUCUAUGUCAGGGUCUGAAGUUUCCACAGGGUCCUGGUCUGCUGGGACCCCCAAGAAUGGUGUUCGGGGGAACGGCCGAUUUUUAGGGUCGAUGCGUGAAAGAUUAAGUCCUGGGGGGUCACUUUCACGGCACAAUACAAAUGGAGGGCCCAUACAACUGGCAACAAGCAACAGCAGUGGCAUCAGUAGCUUUGACAGUGGAAUCAAUAGCAGUGGUGACGAUCUACGUGAGACUUUCUCCGAGGUGGUCAAACUUAAUGGCUCAACAGAAGUGUCAGCAGGACGAGUAGAAAGACUUUCAGGGGUCCAUGAUCCUCGGCUUGAGCUUAAAUGGAGCAUUAUGACACCAAUGACGACACCACCAACACUACCAUUACUACCAUCAUCAAUGUUACCACUACCACCAACGACAUCCAAAGCAGGGAACGGGUCAAAUGGUCGGUCGGCACUCGUUUUGGGUAGUAACGGGCAACUGGCGGUGACCACCGCGGCUGUGGCGGCGGCAGCGGCAGUGGCAGCAAGCGCCAAUUUUAGUGGGCAGACAUGUGUAGGAGGAGAAAAGGGGAGAGUAGGAGGUACCACCAACGGCAAAGAGUCUUCACAGCCGGGGCAGGUGGAUAUAAAAACUUCCAACAGCCCCGCCAUUUGCCCAGAAAAUAAUAGCAAACUUGAGUUUCAACAAGAACAACAAGAGCAACAACUACAACUACAACAACAACUACCAUUUCAACCAUCUCAACAAAAAACACAACUUGAACAUCAACUAGUAAUGACAGAAGACGACUUGUACCCCUUGACAUGCGGGUUUGAAGACGAAGACCCAGCGUUCCAUGAAAGACACUAUAGACGACACAGAUUUGCUCACGAAAAACGGCUUCAUGAACAGAUGCCGCAGUACCGGCGACUCAUUCAUAGCAUCCAGAGCCAGGCAACCAGUCGCGGAGACGAGUACUAUGAUCCAGUAGUAGCCCAGCGCGACGGGUUAACACUUUAUUGGUCAGAUGUGCGGAAUUUAGAAGAGGGAGAGUGGCUGAGUGAUACUGAUCUUGCUUUUGCGUAUGCGCAUUUAGAGGCGACAGUUCUUGCACGAUGCGAGAGACGCCAUGAGGUUGUACUGUUACGGCCUGCACUUGCAUAUUUGUUACAACAUGCACCGGAGUCUGCAGAAGAAUUAGCUUCAGCUUUGCCGGCGUUUGAUGAGGCCCGGUUCGUGUUUCUACCCAUCAAUGAUAACUUGGAUGUGAGCGCGAGUUAUGGCGGCACACAUUGGUCACUGUUAGUAGUAUCGACGCAUGAUCAUAAGGCUUUAUAUUACGACACACUACAUGAUGGUGUGGUGACUGCGGCGGCACAGCGGACAGCAGAUAGAUUGGCAGCUGUUAUGGCAAGAAAGAAAAGUCCUGGCUCUGGUUCUGGCUCUGGUUCUAAUAAUCCUGGAUCUGGUCGGCGGCCGCACAAAUUAAGUACGGUUGCGGUGCCAACUCCGCGACAAGUCAAUGGCUCAGACUGUGGAGUGCUUGUUGCCGAAAUUACGGCGCUACUGCUACGGCGACUUGUUGCUGCGACUGAAGCGCGACAGCCUGUGAAUCUAGGUAUGGAGGGUGUUUAUUUACUUGCCUCUGCUGGGCGAACGUACUUACUUUCGCAGAUGCUGGCGUUGAUUGAAGAGAACGAACACAAGUACAGUAGUAAUCAUAAUAAUAAACUGUCAGCAAUGAGUAGGGGAGCAACAGCAGCAGCAGCAGCAGCAGCAACAACAACAACAACAACGGUUGUAACGACAGGUGAAUUAACUGGUUCCAUUGAAAAGAAGGACCGAAAACUGCUCCACAACUGGCGCGAAAAGCGCUCAUCUGGAGGAAGCCGCAGUCGCAGCCGUAGUCGGGGGUCAUCAAGCGAUACCAGUGACACCAAGUCUGCUAGUCCUGAAGGCAACAAACGGCGGUGGAGUCUACGGCAUAAGACGAAGACUAGAAUUUAA